GGGCGCGUCUAAAGGCGAGGCAAAGUACGGGAGGAGGCUGCCAAAUGCAGUCCUGGGGGAAUUGCAAAAACGCACGGAGAUAACCCGAAAUGGAUUCCUUUCUAGUCCUCGUCACGGUUGUUCUUUCUCUUUUUAUAUUAUGGAUAUGCGGGGAAUCGCGGAAAAGGCGAGUAGGAGAGCCUCCAUUGGUGACCAGUUGGCUGCCAUUCUUAGGUGUCACACUGGAUUACGUAAAAAAUCCUUUAGACUUCCUGAGAGAGACUGAACAAAAAUAUGGCAGUAUUUUCACAUGUAAGAUCGCCAGGAAGUACUUCACUUUUGUCACAGACCCCUUUUCUUUCUCCUUGGUUGUGCGGCAGGGUAAAAACCUCGACUUCCAGAAGUUUGCUAUUGGUUUCUCACAGCGGGUUUUUGGCCAUGCAGACUUCAGCUCUCCACUCUUCAGUGAGAGUUAUAGGGAAGUUCACUCCAUCUUCAGACAGACACUUCAAGGCCCGUCCCUGCAGCAGCUGACCGAGAGCAUGCUCAGUAAUAUGCAGGUGGUUGUGGGACGAGGCUUUCCAUGUGAGCACGUCUGGGUCGAGGAGGGUCUGCAGAGCUUCACCAACCGCAUCAUGUUCGAGGCAGGGUUUCUCACUCUGUUUGGAAAGGACGCAGGGUUUCUGCAGGCCGAUAGCAUGUCAGGCACCAGAACGUGCAUGCAGAAAGCAGCGCAAGAUUUUCUGGUGUUUGAUCGCGCGUUUCCUGCGCUGGCUGCGGGGAUUCCCAUCGCACUGUACGUGCAAGCGUGGCGGGCGAGGGAAGCAUUGGCAGAGGAACUGCUGCACAAUGAACUUCAUCGCAGGAAUUGCAUCUCAGAUCUAAUUCAGCGUAGAAUGGACGCAUUUGACCGCAUGCAUUUGGACGAGACUGGGAAAGCGCGCACACAUGUGUGCAUGCUGUGGGCAUCACAGGCAAAUACACUGCCAGCUGCUUUCUGGAGCCUGUACUACACACUGAGGUCUGUCGAUGCUCUCACCGCAGCCCGUUCAGAGGUGUACAGAGUUCUGUCUGGCCAAUCAUUAAACAACCCCGACCAAAGUAUCCACCUUUCCAAAGAGCAGCUGGACUCUAUGGCUGUAGUAGAAAGUAUUGUUCAGGAAGCCCUUCGACUGUCUAGUGCCUCCAUGAUGAUCCGUGUUGCCAAUGAUGACUUUACUCUGACACUUGACUCAGGACAAACAGCAGCAAUAAGAAAAGGAGAUUACAUCGCUCUUUACCCCCAGCUCAUUCACAUGGACCCCGACAUUUACCCCAACCCCACAGAGUUUAAAUAUGACCGCUUCUUGGAUGAGGCAGGUCAAAGGAAGAGUCAUUUCUUCAAAAACGGCCGGCGUCUGAAGCACUUCCUGGUGCCUUUUGGUUCUGGUGCCAGUGAGUGUCCUGGACGGUUCUUUGCAGUAAAUGAGAUUAAACAGUUCCUGGCAUUGGCACUGUGGCACUAUGAUAUGCAACUCAGUGAAACUGAUGCCACCCUGAUUCCAGACAGUACCCGUGCAGGCCUUGGUAUACUGCCACCCUCACGAGAUGUGCUUCUCAGAUACAGAAAAUUGAACACUGCAGGAGGAGAGUAAAAAUAGGAAAUAAAUGCACACCAACUGGAUACGGACAAAGAACUUGUAGAGGAUGGAAAAGAAGGGAUGGAGUGAAAUGGCAGGCAUCUAAAAUAUGUUAAAUGAUGGUUCAGUUUGUUGUAGUUGGGCCUUUAUUUCUUGACAGUUUAAGACUAUUUCUUUUCAUUUUCAUGCAAAAAUAUGAUAUUAGUAAAAAUGUAGCAUUUUUCACAAUUGGUCCUAAUUUCACAGCAGCACAGAAGUACCUGCGUAAUAGCAACUAUACAGCUUCUGUAAGAUUGGUUGAACAUAAUGGUUGACUUUUUAUAGAUUUGACUCCAGUUACAUUUGGCAUCAAAUCGCAUUCAUUAUUGGAUCAGAUGACUUGCAGCACAAUUUCCUUCACACACAAAAGAGGUGCUAACAGGGCGUUUUACUGGGAGUUCAGUUUUCAUAAACAGUGCCUUCUUUAAAAAAAGAACAAAAGCAGAGCAUCCAGUCCAUUUUUCCUUUUUCGACUGUUAUAUUUAAGGAGAUUAGUAUGUGUAAAUCAGGACAGAACCUGACUGUUACUCUGAAGUUAUCAUGAUCAAUACAAUAUUUUUUAUGAAUGAAAACACCUGUGCUACAGUCAUAGACACAUUCUGAACUUUUGGCAACAUUCUUGUCAUAUGCACAUUAUUACAACAUAAUCAAUUCAUAGAAAAAUCAACGUCAAUUUUUAUAUUUGCUUGCAUGCAACAUUUUCAUGUGUGCAUUUUGCUUAUUUUGCAUCGCACUGAUUUGGGAAAAAAGGAAAUCUGAUCAGGUUUAGGGCAAUCUGGCUGUGUUAGAGUGCAUUUGAACAUUAGGUGUAAGAACAGGGUUUGUAUGCACCAGUUGUAAAUCUCUGCUAUAUGUUUAUCAUGUUGUUUAUCUGUUUAUGCUUUUAUUUUAAUAUUGGUUGACCUUAAUAAAUAAGCAUUUCAUUUGUUUUAUAUUUUUAUUAUUUCUUUCUAAAAUUUUUAAAUGGCUUUCCCAACAACAAGACUUUGGUUACAGGGGUUGUAUGUCAUGAAUAAGUCUGUAACUGCUCAUACAUGUAAAAAUAAAAAAGAGUUAAUAAAAUUUAGAAAUUCUUUAACAUUU